AUGAAUAACUACUCAGAAAGAAGUGUGAAAGCGGCUGCCAAAACCACACGAAAACAACAAAAAACUCGAGAUACACCGGUCAUAACAACCACACUACCAUAUAUUGCAGGAACAACAGAUGAAAUCAGCAGAAUUCUUCGCCGUCACAACAUAUCAACUUCGUUCGUACCAGAACGGACAAUAAGGUCCAUGCUUCGUAAUGUAUUUGUUAUAGCGGCAAUACUACUGGAGAGAAAUCUACAAAAUGUAGCAAAUUAUCUGAUCGUUUCAUUAGCAGUGGCAGAUUUAUUGGUUGCUUGUUUAGUGAUGCCCUUAGGAGCAGUAUACGUGAUAAGUAACAACUGGAUUAUGGGUCCGGAAUUAUGUGAUAUGUGGACUUCCAUAGAUGUUCUUUGUUGUACAGCUUCCAUUUUACAUUUAGUAGCCAUAGCAGUUGACAGAUAUUGGGCUGUUACGAACGUUGAUUACAUCCACACACGAAAUAGCAGUCGGAUAUGUAUCAUGAUUAUCGUCGUCUGGAGCAUUGCAUUGAUAGUCUCUUUAUCUCCGCAGAUUCCUCAAUUCAAAGAUCCAGAUUAUCUUCACAGAAUCAAUGUUAAAAAGCAAUGUUUAGUCAGUCAAGAUUUAACAUAUCAAAUCUUCGCCACUAGCUCAACAUUUUAUGUGCCACUAUUGGUUAUUUUUAUCUUGUACUGGAAAAUAUUCCAAACAGCCCGAAAAAGAAUUCGUCGGAGAAAGGAAAUGGCGUGCCAAAUAGGCCAAAAAGCUGAAAAAAGUAAUAAUAACAGUAAAUCUUCGAAGGGAUUUCUAUCCAAGAAGAGAAUUCUCAAACUGAGGUUUUCAGAAAAAAAGUCGUCUGCUGCUGAAGCUCUCGUCAAUUCCUUGGCGAUGAUGGAAGGGCAGUCUACCACAACGAGUAUGGAUAUAGCAGAAGAACCUGAAAUAUACUUCAAGGAUCCAGAGGAAACCACGGCAUUUACCAUUUCGAAACCCACUUCACAGGCUCAAACCCCGAAUAAUUCAACUCCUGAAAAAUCUGCUCCACAUUCCAAUAAUGGAUCCACAAUUCAUCAAAUCGAUUCCAAAGUUGACUGUUUGAAUAGAGAGAUAUCUCCAUAUCCCGCUUCUAUGGAUAAACUGCUACCAUCCAAAAAAGAGAAAAAAGAAACCUUAGCGGCCAAACGAGAAAGGAAAGCAGCUAAAACGCUAGCGAUCAUAACGGGAGCGUUUGUGAUGUGUUGGUUACCUUUCUUCAUUCUAGCAUUAUUACUACCUCUUUGCAGAGAUUCCUGCAAUAUAAGUGGAUAUAUCAUGAGUUUCGCUUUGUGGUUGGGAUAUUUUAACUCAACUCUCAAUCCUGUUAUAUACACAAUUUUCAGUCCAGAAUUCCGACAAGCUUUCAAAAGAAUUCUCUGUGGGGGUCAUCGCGGAGGCAGAACUUUCAGGUCGGGUAAAAUGAGAUAAAAUAAGGAAGUUUUUGUGUGUGGACCUGAUGGAGUGAAAUAUUGGGUUUUAGUGUAUGUGUAAGAACAUUGCCAAAAAUGUGGAUUGCUAUUUUGAUAUGCCUGAAAUACUAUCAUCGAAAAGAUGAAAUUUCCUAAUUUAUAUCAGUUGUUUGACAUUUGUUGAGUUCAUCAAUUUUACUGAAACGAAAAACUGUUAAUUACUUUGAGAAAAAGUGUGUGUUGAAAGUGAGUAUGAACUUUUGAAGAGGAAAUUACUCCAUUGUCAAGUGAAAUUGAGGGUUGUGGAAAUAUCAAUUGUACUAUCUGACUUGAUCAUGACAAAUACUUUAAGUUAUUUCUGAAAACAUGUCUAUAUGAUAAAAUGGUUUAGACUUUCGCGGCUGAGGUUUUCAGUGUCACUGUUUUUUGGAAUUCCUUCCUGACUUUUCGCUGGCGCGAGUGGCUAGCUUCUUCAGAGAUUCAACCAUCAUAUAUAAAAGAUUUUUGUAAAAUCAUUUUUAUCAUUUCUGGAGGCUAUGUCACGCAAAAGGAGCAAUCUUGCGAUUGUCUCUUCAGUGAUACCAUUGUUUAUUGUUCAUUUAUUCAGCUCUCAAGCACUACUCAUAUAAUUGUUCUAUUUUGUUAUUGUUCUGUAAUUUACCCACGCACAGGGUUUUACCCUCAGUGGAAGUAUCCGUUUAUUCAUCAAGGUAUAUUGUACUUCAUAUACUUCAUUUUAUAUUUAUGUAUUAUGAUUUACUGAUG